AUGGCUCAGAGUAUUUGGGUUAAACUUGCAGACGGAGAUGAGGCGGAGGUGCUGACGACCGUGAGAAGAGUUUCAGCUGCAGCCACUCCCUACACAGCUGCAGCCACUCCCUACACAGCUGCAGCCACUCCCUACACAGCUGCACCCACUCCCUACACAGCUGCAGCCACUCCCUACACAGCUGCAGCCACUCCCUACACAGCUGCAGCCACUCCCUACACAGCUGCAGCCACUCCCUACACAGCUGCACCCACUCCCUACACAGCUGCACCCACUCCCUACACAGCUGCACCCACUCCCUACACAGCUGCAGCCACUCCCUACACAGCUGCACCCACUCCCCACACAGCUUCCCCCACAGCACUCCCUGAACCUGCUCUCCUCUAA